AUGCGCAGUGAGGCUUAUGAGUCUCCAGCAGCCACGAAGGCAAAUGCCAUGAAGGUGUACAUCCGUGUGCGCCCCUUCAGCGAGCGUGAAAUCGCGCAAAAGGUGGCGCCGCACAGCACCGUGCGCAUCGACGCCGAGAACCCGAGCGUCAUCACCAUCCUCGAGCCGGCGCGCGGCUUUCGCCCCCUGUCGACCCAUAUCUUCAACCGCUGCUUCUGGUCCGUCUUUGAGAACGCAAAGGACGGCACUGAGGGCGAUCACACCGACAUUCGCAACGGCGUCGACGCCUUCCUCAACGGUGGCAUGAACUCCGCUCGCCGCUCUCGGGCGCAGUCGCUGGUGACGGGGCAGCCGGUGGUGAAUUCCGUCCGACGCGGCACCGGCGCAGGGCUCGAGCCCGAAGGAAUGGAGACCGUUGGCGAGACCGCCGCCUACGACGGCGCCGGCUCGGCGCCAGUGAUGGUGGACGCCAAUGUGAGCCACCCUCCGUACGCGGGGCAGGACCAAGUGUACACGCACGUCGGCAAGCCCAUCGUGGGCAACACCCUCGACGGAUACAACGGGUGCGUGUUCGCCUACGGGCAGACGGGUAGCGGCAAGACCUUCACGAUGCUGGGCUACGCGCCGAGCACGAGCGACAUUCGCGCUCGCAAAGGGUCCACCGCCUGCGGGGCCAGCAGCAUGGAGAACAGCGCCCCUCUUGACGGCGCGGUGGAGCCGUUUGAGAGCGAUGACGGCGACGACGUGGUGGACAAGACGGGGCUAGAUCCGAACGAGCUGCAAGGCAUCAUCCCGCGCGCGUGCACGGACCUGUUCGACGGCCUCCGUGCGAAGCGCGCCAAGGACUCCGACUUCACGUACCGCGUGGAGGUGUCGUACUACGAGAUCUACAACGAGAAGGUGUUCGAUCUCAUCCGGCCGCAGCGCAACACGGACCUGAGGAUCCGUAACUCGCCCAGCUCCGGCCCGUUCAUCGAAGGCUUGACGUGGAAGGUGGUGUCCAAGGAGGAAGACGUCGCCCGCGUGAUUCGCAAGGGCAUGCAGGAGCGCCACACGGCUGCGACCAAGUUCAACGACCGCAGCAGCCGCAGCCACGCCAUCCUCACCUUCAACAUUGUGCAGCUGUCGAUGGACGACUCCGACAACGCGUUCCAGAUGCGCAGCAAGCUGAACCUGGUGGACCUCGCGGGGUCUGAGCGCACCGGCGCGGCCGGAGCCGAGGGCAAUGAGUUCCACGACGGCGUGAAGAUCAACCAGUCGCUGACGGUGCUGGGGCGCGUGAUCGACCGUCUGGCGGACCUCUCGCAGAACAAGGGAGGGGGCCUCAGCAUUCCGUACCGCGAUUCGAACCUGACGUGGGUGCUGAGCGACUCGAUCGGCGGCAACAGUCAGACCUCGAUGAUUGCCACCGUCUCGCCACACUCGAUCAACUACGAGGAGAUGCGACAGACGAUCCGGUAUGCGUCACGCGCAAAGAACAUUAUUAACUGGGUAAAGAAAAACGAGGAUCCGCAGGUGGUACUCAUCCGCGAGCUGCGCGAGCAAGUGGUGGACCUGGAGCAGCGUCUAAAGGAGGCGGGUGGCAGCAACUACACGAACGAGUACGUGCAAGGGUUGGAGAAGAAACUCCACCAAUUAGAGAAGAAGUGCGCUGAUCAGGAGCGCAUCAUAGCGGGUCUCCGGGCGCAGCUGGAGUUCGCCGGUAUUGCGGACCCGACCGUCGCUGAGGGCUAUCUGGACCCUGCGACCCGCGCCAAGGAGGAUCAGCAUAGGGCGAAAGCGGAGGAGAGCAUGCGCAAGCAGCUCGACAAGGCGCAGAUAGCCAUUGCCGAAUUGAAGGCUGAGCUGGAGCACCGCGGUGCGGCGAUCGAGCCGGAGGCCCUCAAAGUGAUGAAGGAAAAGCUACAGAAGCAGGAUGCGCAACUGCUUCUCCUCGCCACUGAGGUCUCCCUGCACCGCCGUCUGAGGUCUCACUUUGACAACAUAGACACGGUUAUGGAGCUUGUAAAGGACAAGGAGGCGCUGCUCCUGCGCGCCUGCAACGGCGUUCUCAUCGCCAACAACGAGUCGGCCGCCAUGCUGGGGAAGAUGCUAAGUGAGCGCGAGGACGACUUGCGCAACACGAAGCGGCUCCACGAGGAGGAGCUCGCGACGCAGGCGGAGCGAUUCUGCGAGCGGCUGAAGGAAGCCCUGGACGAGGGCGCAGUGCAGCAGCAGCAGCUUCUUGACCGCCACCGUGAGGCCGUCGCGCAGCUGGAGGGGCGCCUGCAACGCAGCCACGAGAUUAAUGAGAUGGAGCGCAAGCGCAACGAUAAGGAGAAGGAGGAGCUCCGGCAGCGAGUGCAGCUUGCGCAGGAGCGAAUGCGCAACGAGUAUCAGCAGGAAAUCGAGCGGCUGCGCGCCAGAGUGGAGGGCGACAUCGGGGACCGAUACAAGUCCGGAGACGCGGUGCGCCAGCUUCAGGCGAUGCACGAGCGCGAGAUGGAGCGCCUGAGGGACGAGAUAAACCUCCUAAAGCGCAGCAAGGAUAGCGACUGUGCUCGUCUGCAUAAUCAGCUGGAGAACGAGCGUCUGCGCCGCGAGUCGGAUCUUAUGGAGAAGGACCGCCAGAUGCGGCUGCUGCGCAACGAGGUCGAUGACGCGAAGCGAACGAUGGACAAGCUGAACGACGAGAAGAGCAGUAUGGAAAAGGAGUACCAGGGUCAGAUCCGCGACCUGAUGCUGCAGCAGGAGCAGCUCCUGAACGUGAGCAACGCUGUUCUCUCCGGCUGGGAGAACAAGUCGUCGGCGCUGGAGGCGGAUCUGCACAAGAUGCGCGCGCUUGUGUACGACAAGGACUACAUGCACUUUCGGCAGAACAUCCGAGGCCUGGCCUUCAUGGAGCGCGUCGACUUUGAUGAAAAGCUGAAGGAACUGGACGACAAGGAGCGGCUGCAGGAGGCACGCAUUCGUCAGAUUAUCUCCAAGGCACGCCGCGCGUAUGAUGAGCAGAACCGUAGCCUGAAGCGGUUCGAACAGGACAUCAAGGACCGGAUCGGCCGUGCCAAGGCGAGCGAUGGUAGCAGUGACACCUCGCUGCGACCAGAAGACCUCCCCUCCCCAUAA